AUGGAAGAGUACGUGAUCGGGUAUCCAGGCCACGAAUACGCAGAAUUUGGUUAUGCCCAUGGUGGGUACUAUGAGGAAUUCGAUGACAUCAAUGGCGAGCCUUCGACUAGACCGAGACUCACGAAGGAUCAAGUCGAGGUGCUUGAAGCCCAGUUCCAGGCCAACCACAAACCCAGUAGCGUUGUCAAACGUCAGCUAGCAAUGCAGACUAUGCUGACACUUCCACGAGUGGCGAACUGGUUCCAGAACAGACGAGCAAAAGCGAAGCAGCAGAAGAAGCAGGAAGAAUAUGAGAGCAGCCAAGUACAAGAAGAUACAAUUGAACCUGGUCCGCAAUCUGCAUCUCAGGACGCCCCACUGAAAGUUGAGACGGACUCACAAGUACGGGACUCGCCACAUGCGAGCUCUUCACGCCCCUCCACAUCUCCUGGUUCGUCUACAACACCGGACGCCAACGCCUUGAGACAGAAUAGACUGGCAAGCUAUGCUUCGGUAGACAGGUUGAUGGCCCAGCAGCCCACUCCAGCAGUCGCCGCCUCACGACCGGUCAGCCUCGCCCGUGGGUCUGACCAGCUGCAGCAGCCCACACCAAUCCACCCGCACCAGCGCUCGUUGUCGGCGAUCACGAAGCCACAGGUACCGCAAUGGCCCGCAAAGGAGACAUCGGACGCCAGAGACAGCUGGCAAGCGCCGCCACAGCACUUCCAAGACACCAGCUUCGACUUCGGAUUUGGUAGUGAUAGCAUCGCCCCCGUACCACUGGAGAGCACCGCAAUGCCAGGCGUACCAAGAGACUCGGACUUCAGUACGCCAAUCGCGGCCUCUGCAGAAUCCUGGCCACAUCAUCUGCAUAUGCCGCCACCUUUGUUUCAUGAGCAGAUGGGUCCUAACGGUGACUUACAGUCUCCUGAGCUCCCAUCGCCAAUCUAUCACGACUCUCGUCGCAGCUCUGGCACCGAAGCUUUAGCAGCUAACUUUGGCUCAUUUGCUCUCGCCACACCAGUUGAUGAUUACCAUUCUGAUCUUGACGGUCCUGAUGAUCUAAGCCCGCCUGAGACGCAUAUCGACAUUGCAUCGCGGCGGAAACGCCCUGGCCCCGCCGCUUUGACUUCAGCGUCACUCCGAAGUCGAUCUUAUGGUGCUCUCACGUCAACCUCACCGACCGUCCGAUCUGGCUUCACGCCACCAAGUCAUACUGUGCGCCACGUCAAGUCCACAGGUCACAGUCUAAAUGCCCGCUUCGCUGGGGUGAGGAAGCCGAGCUCGGCUCAACGAUCGCCAGUGAACACCAGCUUUGCCCAAGCUGAGGCCUACCAACGUCUUCUGCUUCAGCAAGCCAGUGAUAAUGGACAAAUGACCUCUCACAGUGUCGGGAGCGCUACUCCGAUAGCUUCUCCUGGCCUGAGUAUCAACACUCAAGUUGGUGACACUCUCCUCGCUCACAAAGCAGAAAUCGCCCGGAGCUAUCAGUUGGCAGCUUCACAGCAUCUCACGUUAGCGACAGCUUCUCCGCCUGCCACACCUUUCGGCAACGAGUACAUACAGCAUCAGCCACCACCUGUGUCUGCGCCACCUCAGUAUGCCGCAUUUGCAGAUUAUACGCCACCGUAUUCAGCAGGUCCAUCGACCACGAGCAGCUGGCCAGAUGCUCCGCUUACAAGUCCUGAGGUGCCUGGAUUCUCAACACACACUUUCUCUCAAGUUCAGAGAAUGUCUCACGGCAGUGAUCCCGGCGCCUGGAAUCCUCACAACAUACAUCCGUCACAUUUCGUGUUGCCGUCGGAUGAUCGCCAUAGCUAUCACGGUGGCAGCGAUAUCCCAAACAUGCACCCAGCGAAACCGCCAGAGUUCUUCAUUCAGGAAUUCCCAAAGCAAAAGGAGGAACAUGCGCGGGCUGCUCAGGCGUUAGCGCAAAGCCGACCAAAGAACUAUGUUUUUGCGAACACGGCUCCUGCUGAUUACGAUCAGACAUGA